GCGCGCGAAAACGGCUGGGCCGGCUGAGCGAUCAAAAUCAGUCGCAAUGAAUAACAACCAUAACAACUUCGGUGAUACAUUUAAAAUCUUUGGUAUUUGAGUACUUCGCGCUGUGGAUUUUUACAUUGUGUGGAAGACGCGAUGAUGGCAGCAGAAGAAGUGAACUUUAAUUUUCCUUUCGAGCCCUAUCUCGUUCAGCUCACUUUUAUGAAGACGCUGUACAAGGCGCUGGAAGACGGCAAAGUCGGCAUCUUCGAAAGCCCCACCGGAACCGGCAAGUCGCUUAGCAUCAUUUGUGCCUCCCUCGCCUGGCUCAAGGAAUUCAACAGCCGGAACAAAGCGUCGCUGGAGUCCGAAGUAACCGAACUAACUCGGCAAAUCUCGCUCCCCGCCGAUGCCGAGAGCGAUUGGAUCACGAGAGAUGCCGAAAACAUCGCACGAAGGUGUCGGUUGAGGGACGUUCAGAUCAUUCGUGAUGCCCUCCUCAAGAAAGAGAAGAAAUACGAGGACCUUAAAGACAAGGUUAAAAGAAGAAUGACUGAACGUGCUCAAGAGAGACUGGACUUGUUGAGCAAAGAUGUCGAUAAGGAGUUACUGGACAUCAGUCAACUUCUCGCCGACCAAAAAAAUGACGAUAGCCAGGACGACGAGGUCCCAGAUUACCACAGCGACGACGAAGAGGCCUGCAGUGACGAAGACGAUGACCCUGCGAAAGACCUGCCCUUUGCGAAGAUAAUUUAUUGCAGUCGGACGCAUUCCCAGCUUUCUCAGUUCGUCAAGGAACUGAAGAAAACCGUUUACGGCGAAGACACCCGGACCGUCUCCCUCGCAUCUCGAAGCAACCUAUGCAUCAACGAGACCGUAACGAAGCUCGCGAGUCUGUCCCUAAUGAACGACAAGUGUCUGGACAUGCAGAAGAAGUCGUCCGCUAAAUCUUCGACGGACAUGCCAGAGUGCAAACGUGCCAAGCGCUCGGUCUCCACAAAGUGCCCUUUCUACAGGCACCAGGCCAUGGAGGGUUUGGCGAACGACAUUCUCGUCGAAGUGCAAGACAUAGAACAGGUUGUGCACCACGGACGGCGAGUCAAAGCGUGCCCGUACUAUUCGUCGCGUUACGCGACUCCAGAUGCAGAGCUGGUACUUAUUCCGUACAACAUUCUUCUCCAGCGGUCGGCACGAGAUGCGUGCAAGCUCGCGUUAAAGGGCAACGUCGUAGUCAUCGACGAAGCACACAACCUCCUAGAAACCAUCAACGACACACACAGCGUUGAACUGAGAUUAUCAAACGUCGCUGAAGCUCACUGCCUGCUCAACGAGUACUUCAGUCGCUACCGUUCGAGGAUGAACACAAAGAAUGUGAUGUACGUGAAACAGGUACUUUUCGUGCUCAGGAGUUUUAUGACGUUGCUCGACGGCAAGAAAGCAAAGGGAGAGGCUGGGGAAGUCACUUCGGACAUGUUCAUGGUUCACGUCUUUCUCGUUGUAGCCGGCAUCUCAAACAUGAACUUGUUCAAGAUCCAGCGUUACCUGGAACGGAGCAAGAUCUCACUGAAGUUGCGAUCGUAUUCAAAGAAGACUGUCGUCGCUGUAUCCAAGAAGCCGGGAAACUUGAAAGCUAGCAAUGUGUCCACUUUCAUCGACAGCCUCAAAAACGGGGGCUCCAAAAAUGCAGAGGCACCGCACCCCCUUGAUGAGGCACUACAGCGCCCGUCUGCUUCUAGUUCCCCUCUGAUUACGGUCGAAGCGUUCAUCCGUGCCCUCAACUGCUCUUACGACGACGGCCGCGUGCUCGUGAGCAAGGCAGGGGACACGGGUGGCUCGUACCUCAAGUAUGUCCUUUUGAACCCCUCAAACUACUUUAAGGACGUCGUGUCCCAAGCCCGUGCAGUCAUCCUGGCGGGUGGCACGAUGGAGCCCACGAGCGAAUUCGUUGAUCAGCUCUUGAUUCCUGCCGGCGUCCAACCUGAGCGCAUCCUCCACUUUGCCUGCGGCCAUGUCGUCCCCAAGUCGAACCUGUGCGCCUUGGCACUCUCCCAGGGCCCCAGCGGCAAGACGCUGGAGUUCACGUACCAAAACAGAGCAGACGUCGAGACGAUCCGAGAGCUCGGCAACCUCCUAAUCAAUGUCGCCAGGGUCGUCCCCGGCGGAGUUGUCUGCUUCUUUCCCUCGUACGAGUACGAGAAGGUCGUGUCGGAGAAGUGGAAGUCGUCUGGCCUCCUGGAGAAACUCGCGGCCAGAAAACCAAUCUUCCGGGAGCCCGUCAAGUCGUCCGAGCUGGAAAAGAUGCUGGCGCUGUACGGCCAGUGCGCCAAGAGCAGCACCGGGGCUCUCCUCUUCGCCGUGGUGGGAGGCAAGAUGAGCGAGGGCAUCAAUUUCUCGGACGACAUGGGUCGCUGCGUCGUGAUGGUCGGACUACCGUUCCCAAACGCAAGGUCGCCUGAGAUGAAGAGCAAGAUAGACUUUCUGAAUGCGACCUACCCGCAGUCGAGCGACGGGCGCAGCGCGGGGAAGGUCUACUACGACAAUGUCUGCAUGAAGGCAGUCAAUCAGUCCAUCGGCCGGGCGAUCCGGCACAAAGACGACUACGCCACCAUCUUGCUGGUGGACCAGCGGUACCAGCGACCCAGCAUCAGCAAGGCUCUUCCCUCGUGGAUACGGGACAGCCUUGCAGCGCACUCCAAGUUUGGCACAGCAUUUGCAGCCAUUCAGCAGUUCUUCAGGGUGGACAGGACCAAUUCUGAGUAGAUUGUUUCGUUUCCUGUUUAAGUUUUUAGUUCUUUGGACAGCGAGUCAUUGUGAUGCUUACACCAGGAGCACAGUUCUUUCUUAGACGACAAGGAAUUGUUUAGUUUGUUUUUAUAAUUGUUCUUUGCAGAGUCUGGCACCCUUUUUCUGCACCAUUAAAGUAUUUUAAGACAAGAUACUGA